GGAAAUCCAUUUAUGCUUUUUCCAAACACAGAGAGUGAGAGAGAGAGAGAGAGAGAGAGAACCAGAGAAAUAGAGAAAAGAACAGACAAAAGAGAGAGAGAGAGAGAGAGAGAGAGAGAGAGAGAGAGAGAAAGAGAGGGGAUGUGUACUAUUACUUGGGAAGAUAAAGAGAUAUAGUAACUUGACAAAGCGCCGGUGGAAAAACCAACCCCAUUAAUACUCACUAGUGUACCCUCGUAUAGCCAGCCGUUAACCUUCACCGGGAAACCACUUCUUCUCUUCUCCCUCUCGUGGUUUCCCGUUAAAAAACAAUAACCAUGCCGGAAACCGGUAUCUCCCGCUUCACAGGAAACCUAGACCCUAGAGCAAGAGAGUUCAGGCCCAGAAACCCUACUAAUCCCUCCCAAUUUCCCUUACUUAGACCACCUCAACUUUUCUAUCCGUACACCGGCCCUCCUCCACCUCCACCUCCACCUCCACCUCCACCUCCACCUCCACCUCCACCUCCCCUCUACUCACCAAACGACUUGCAAGGUGCGCCGUUUUGCGAUGUUAGCGUAGCUUACCCUCACCAGUAUGCUACACACCCCGUGGCGUACGUUAGCGGCCAGGCUACAGCGGUCCCGCAAUUCCCACACGCAUCUCUGGCUCCGACGAGAACGCUGGUGCUGAGCUGGGUGGCGAGUGACGUGAGCGAGUCAACGGUGAGGAGGGAAUUGGAAGUGUACGGGGCGGUGAGAGGGGUUCAGAUGGAGAGAGUAAGAGAUGGAAUCGUGACCGUCCAUUUCUAUGACCUGAGACAUGCGGAGAGAGCGUUGAAGGACAUACGGGAGCAGCACAUGCAGCAGCAGACCAGACUCAGGAACCAUUACAUGGGUUUGGCGAUGCACAGUGCGCGUGGACUCGUCGCCGGUCAUGCGGUGUGGGCCCAGUUCAUUAUCCCGGCGAGUAAUGCUAUUUUGUUCUUGUCUCGCUCCAUUGCCUUUCUCUCUCUCUCUCUCUCUCUCUCUCUCUCUCUUUUCUUCUUUAUCUGGGUUUUGAUGACUGAAAAAUUUAUGCUUCCAGGUCCCGUGAAGGAGCUGAGAGAGACGCCUUUCAAGAAACACCAAAAAUUUGUGGAGUUUUAUGAUAUCAGAGAUGCUGCAAAGGCUCUUAAAGAAAUGAAUGGAAAAGAAAUUCAUGGCAGGCAAGUUGUCAUUGAAUUCAGUCGACCCGGCGGCUAUGGUAGAAAGUUCUUUAACGCUAACACCACCACCCCUAUCACUCCUUGCACAAACAACAAUCCAAUCUUCAACCCCGUUCACCCUACACGACAUUCCAGAUAUCCGCCGCCGCCGCCACCACCUCCGCCGCCUCCAUUGCCUCGAAAGUUUUCUGGUCGUUCUUUCUCUGGUUUGUCUUCUCGUUCUUACGUCUCCCAGAUCCAACCUGGGUUGAGGAAAGUAUCGAAUCUCAAUAAGGCAAGCCCUACAGGAAAUGACAGCAUAAACAAGGGUUCCACUGAAGCUCCAAUAGUUUCCUUGUCAAAUGAAGAGAAGGUUGCAUGUGGGGCUCCAAGGAAGAGUUUAAAGAAGAGUCAAACCUGUCAGUCAUCAAAGCAGCAGCAGUCUAGGAGUAUUAGGCCAUGGAAGAGUAAACAAAUGAAGAAGUUCGAUACUCGUUUUCUUAUAAACGAAGAUGCCAUGGUGGAAGCAAAUUGCAAAGAUUCCCGGACCACUGUCAUGAUCAAGAACAUACCGAAUAAGUACAGUCAGAAGCUGUUGCUGAACAUGCUUGACAACCACUGCAUUCACUGCAACGAGCAGAUUUCUGCUCAAGGCGAUGACCAGCCCUUGUCUUCCUACGAUUUCGUAUACCUUCCCAUUGAUUUCAACAACAAGUGCAAUGUGGGAUAUGGGUUUGUGAACAUGACGUCGCCGCAGGCGACAUGGAGGUUGUACAAGGCAUUCCAUCUUCAGCAUUGGGAGGUUUUCAACUCCAGGAAGAUCUGUGAGGUCACGUAUGCAAGAGUUCAGGGAUUGGAAGCAUUGAAGGAGCAUUUUAAGAACUCAAAGUUCCCAUGUGAAAUGGAGCACUACCUGCCAGUAGUGUUUGCACCACCUCGAGAUGGGAGGCAACUGAGCGAGCCGCUUCCGAUCGUUGGUCAGAAGCAACAGCAGCAGCUACCUUCGAAUCCCACUGACCACCCAUUAGAGAAUGGAAACGAAUCUGAGGAAUAUGCGGUGAGUUGUGGGAGCGGCAGCUGUAACAGCAGCAGCAGUGUAAACGACGGCUAUGGUGAUAAUGAGGAUGAGAAAGAUGGUAACAGCGUGGUGGCGUGAAAGAAGGUUAUGUGGCUGUAGAUGGACGAUACUCGUUAUCUUCUGAGAAAUGGGAAGACAUAUAUAUAUGCUGCAUACACACAUCACAAUUAAUAUAUAUAUAUAUAUGUGUAUGUAUGUAUGUACAAGCAUAAAACUUUUGGUGCAACCAAGGCAGAUGUGUCCAUCAGUAGUGCAGAUAUAGCUGCAACCACCCAAUGGCUGGUUGUCGAGCACCGAGCCUCCCCUCCAUGUAGCUAGCUGUGCCUGACCCACCCAUCAAACUCACCCACUGUCAUUCCAUAGCUAGCUCACCACCAUUACCGCCACCUCCACCACCUACUCAUUUACUCUGUUUUGUACUUUUUUAAUCUGAAAAAGAAAAUGCCCCUUAAUUUUUUUU